AUGCGAUGGGCUGGUGGUGAAUUUCGGCGGUGAGUUUGAUCGGAUUUGUUAUAGUAGUCGCACAAGAUGUCACGUAUGUCUUAGAAAAAGUUAUCUAAAAUUUGAGCCAAUAUUUACCACAUUCUGAAUGUCGCAAUCGUAGCACUUCCACUGGUGCGCUACGACUUUUCGGGCGGCGACAAUUUGGGUCAAAGACUAGAGAUCGCGUCGGUUCGUCGUUAUAUGCAUAUGGAAGCUAACAGAAGGCUUAGUUAGCAGAAAUAAUAAGAUUGAUCCGGCCUUUGGAUAGUUUAUCGCAUAUUUUGAGGUAUUUUGCAUCUACUCUUAUCAAAAAUAUCUAUAGAUAAAAGUUACGGAUCAUUGUUUCUUGCCGCAAAUUUUGGUGUUCUACAUGUCACAAUAAUUCAGGGGAAAGAAAACUAACGUUAGCAAUAGCCUAAAUUAGGAAAAGUGGACAUAUUGCAGUGGUCUCCGCCGAGCCUCGGCCGAUAAUCCAACGGCUUUGCCGAGCCCAGUAGGCACUUCCUACAACCUUUUUUUGGGCAUGCACCUGACCUACGCCCCUAUCGAUCGAUUUUAUUUCAAUGCGUUCGUCAAAUCUCCGCCGAGCCUUGGUCGAGCGUGCGCCGAUCAUCCAGCGGCUUUACUAGGCCUUUUUUUGGCUAUCCACUUGCCCUACACCCCGAAUCGAUCGAUCUUGUGUUGACCUGAACUGUCGUUGAUCCAAAAGUCGGGACGCGUCCUCAGUUAGUUAGAAAAUUCCUUUUUCUAGGCAAGCAUGCUUCAUCCUAGGCCUUGUGAUAUGCUGUAUAUUUUUCAGCUUUCUUAAACACCUCAACCAAAAUAAUCGGCCUCGAAUAUACCUGUUUUUUCUGCUACUCCUCAAGCUCUAUUAUCUAUGUUAUUUCUUCACACGGACCUACAACGAAGACCCAUCCCUUUUUCAAAUCAUCAAUUCUACCAAAGAUGUUGAUAUCUCCAUUUUGAUGAUGCAUAAAAUCGACCGAGAAGACUUCAAUGUGAAAAAGAAAGCAGUCGUUCGAAGAAGAGCCAAAAGAAGUGUUAUAAUGCCCAAAAACUUUACCCAAAUCUUUGACCGGUUUGAUGGGCUGAUAAAGGACGAUAUUGGAAGGUAA